AGAACUAAGGAUUUCCUUAGCUAAACUUCAUUAAUUAACAUUCAAGCCAAGGCACAAAAUCCAAGUACCUCACGAUUACGCUCACGCAACAUGUACAUACCUGUUUGAACCCUAUACUGUACAUUUAGUAUUCCCAGAUUCAGUCCUUGAAAUUUUUGCUGUUCCCGUUUAUUUCGCACUUUUGCCGUAAUAUUCUGAAAUACGGCAUUAUUUUAAAAUCUAAUGCGUCAAUGUUGAUACGGGAACACACACACACACACACACACACAACUACAGUGCUGACAGUUUUUGUUGUCAAAUGCAGCAAUGCAAAACUUGAGGUGAGUGAGAUGCCGCACAAAAUUUUAGGGCAUUCAUCACCCACUUUGCUGUAAAGGGCAUUGACUAAAUGCAAGUCAUUGUGAUUUGCUCAAACUGUUAUUCCUUUCCGGGCGCAGAACAUUGCAUCGCUAUAUUCAGUAAUUUUGUCAUUCUUUCCCUCUAGCUCCCGCCUGAAAUAAUGGUUGACUGUUAUGAAUUCAUUGUGUCUUGAAGCCGCAGGAAUCUUAGUUUGUGCUCAGCCUCGUGUCAAAACAUGUCCAGCAAACAAUCCCCUAUUCUUUAGAAAAAGUAAUAGUGUGAGCUUAAUGCUGGCAUGAUUUAAAAUAUUUAGAAAUGUAUUUGUGCGCAUUUUUCAGUUAGUUGUGAUCAACGACGGUUAUUUGCCAAUUAAUUUCAUUAUCAAUCUCGGUUAUCAAUACACAUUGAUAACUUUAACUUUUUAUUAGCUGACAUUUAAACUACCACAAUGCGCGCACUUCGAUUGUGCAACAAGGUGCUUAUCUAACGCAAAACUUUAUUUAAUAUAUUUAAGACGCACUUUUAGAUCACCACCGCCAGGCGGCGCUGUAAUAAACUCAUCGAACUACAAAAAAGACCACUUGCGCAUGCGCUGUACGAUUUACGGGGAUAGCGUGUGUUUUUCUGCCGUUGAUUUCGUGCUUUCAUUUUCAGCAUGGCGGCUGGGGAUAUUGAGGAGUUUAUCCAGCAGAACCGGCAGCUGGCGGAGCGGAUAGACGCAUAUAGGUCACUUUCGGAGACUGAAAAACAUUGGAAGUGUAGGAGAGAGUUUAUCUUGCGAAACCUCAGCGAUUACCAGGAUCCCCAGCUAGACACUCUGCUGGCUUUGUCCAUGGUUUGGGCAAACAACGUCUUCCUCGGUUGCCGGUAUAGUCAAGAACUGCUGGAUAAAGUCAGGGAGAUGGCUGACGGCAUUGUUGUAGAAGAUGCUCCUGUAUUUAAAACUAGAGACGAAAUCAUAAAGCAGCAACAGCGCCGAUGACCAGAGCAGAGGAAACAGCCUCCGAUUUGGACAUGAAGACCUUUUGAUACUGAAACCUUUUACAUGACUUUGUUUCUAUUUUAACGAUACUGGUCGUAAGACGUAAUAAUCACGUGGCUGCAGUAUUUUUUUUUAUUAUAUAUUUUUAAAUAUCUGUUCAUAAAUAGAGGACUGAUUGUUGGACAUUUGGUCAUUUUUGGUGCAUAUUCGAGGUCAGUUAAACAUUUUAACAAAACAUUUGAAGUGUUCAAUCUCAGAGUAGUUUUCCCCAUUACAUCAUUUUAUGUGCUUAUCUGCUAAAAUGUUUUUUUUAACCUGAGAACCUAAAUUUAACAGGGAACUCUAUUUAAGAUGAAAUAAAAGUAACUAUUUAAUCUAAUGAUUAAAACCCACUGGAAACCAGCAGUAUACUGUUUCUUUUAUACAAAGUAAAUUUUUCAUCCUUUCAUCUGUCAAGUGUCUUUUUGCCGUGUGAAAUCUUAACUGAGACCAUACUGUAUAAAAAGCUUAUCCCAGGGGCUGUGGCAGAAUUCAACCUGCUGGUUACCAACAGUAUAGAGGUAUAAAGACCAAUGCAGCUCUGGUCGUUUAAAAUAAGUGAAAUUAAGGUGAAAGAUCCUUCCUUGCUGAUGCCAUUCUAGGUUCGAAUGUGUUUUUCUUUUCAUUUGGUUUCAAUUUCUUUUGUUGGGUCAUGAAUGCUGAAUUUGUAAAGCAUACAGUAUCAUGGUCUCUGUAAAACCUUAUGAUCGCAAAGGGAUUUGUCACUUUUUUUUAAAUUAAAAUUUCAAUAAUCCCA